AUGUCUUUAUUGAGUGCUUUGGAUAAGGAAAUUGGCAUUUUUAAAGUGUCUGGAGAUGCUACCUUCACCAGCUUGAUUUCUGAGACCGAUUCCUUUGUGGCCGAGUUGAAGAGCUUUGAAGCGGAACUAGAGCAACAAUUGCAUAACGAAGAACAUGAGACUAUCUCAGAGUCUACAGUGAAAGUUCGUCCCCUAGAAAAAUUGACAAAUGAAUGGUAUAAGAACUCCAUCUCCAGCAUUAAAACGUACAACACGCUGAUUAAUAAGUUCCUGAAGAACAUCCUAAAUAACCCUAAAUUUUUAAUUGAUUUGGAUGACGCUUACACAUACCCUUUAAACUUGAACAACUUCGAAAUCCCUGUCAAGGGGGAGAUCAACAGCAUGGCUACAAUAACGACAGCUACGAGCAACUACCAUGAGUUGAACAAGGCUGUAGUGCUACACUUGCUCAAAACAUGCCAGUCCGAGAUUGUAGAGGAUUUGAUAGCUAAAAUACCAGCUAAUAAUGAUGACGCUGCAUUUAUAGAUCAAAGAACAUUGGCAUCCUUCCAAGAGUUGAAGAGGAUUGUCGACGAUAUACUUAUAAACCACAAGCUUAAGGAUGCUAUAGAUUGGUUGGCAUCCAAAGCUUCGUUGACGGAUUCGAAUGAGUAUUCGAAGAAUUUGGAAUUGGAGUUCAAAUUCCAUAUCCUUCAAUAUGCUCUCAUAUUGAAUGGUAAUGGUACCAGCCUGAACAGUUUCGAUCAGUACAAAUUCGAAAGUGCUUUUGAAGCUUACAUGUAUACCCUUGAACAUUUCUCCAAGUUUUACCUGAAGUACACCAAUGAAUUCGACAAAAUGAUCUUGCUACUUUGCUUUGUAAAUCCCAAUGCAAGUGCUGGAUCCAAAGAAGAACCCCAAUUGGAAGAUCUAUUCAACAUGAUGAAGGGUAGCAUAGGUGUUGGUUCAAACGAAAGAAGAGGCACCGGACGACUCUCGCCACCCUUGCCUUCUUCUGCAUCCUCCGGAUUGAAAACGAACCGCUCUGAUCAGAUUUCACUGUUCGUGGAAGAAAUCUUAGUGAGCUUUCAAACGAUACAUAAAAACCAACCCCUUUUUACCUUUCUUGCAUAUGAAUUCAUAUCAGAGUACUGCAAGGAAAUGAAAUUGCUGAACAAUUCUUCACUCUUCCAGAGUAUACUAGCAGGAUUCUACAAUCUCCCUAAUUUCUACAAGUACAGUAAGAUUCAGCAGAAAUUAGGAAGAGCAACACUAGGAUCGGGAGCUGGAGUUGCGGGAGCUGCUCAACAACAGUUGCAAUCAGAAAUUAAGUACGAGGAUGAUGACGACGAAGAUCCAUCCACUAAGCGCAAGCCUUUGCCACACAUGUUCAAUGGUAUCGGGGUAGCACCGUAUAGUUACGAAUUGCCAUUUCAACUUCCAGAUUCUAAUAGCGAGCUAUUCAAUUUCCACCCUAUCUUUAUUUGCCCUGUUUCGAAAGAACAAUUGAUACCAAUUACCAUCUCGGAGGAAAUGAUAGCUGAUAGGAAGAGGAAACGCAUAGAUAGGAAACUGUUGCUGCCCAAUUUAAGCGAUUCAGUAUCUGUUGCGAAUCUUGACUACAUCAGUAAGAAUAGUGAUGCGGAUAGCAUGUAUGACAACAGAAUAGUAGAUCUGCAAAUAACUCUACUGAGUCGUGCUAGUCAAGUGGUGGUUUUGAAGUUCUGCCAGCAUUUAGCUCUCAGAGAUAGUGUGCUACAACUUUCUAAAAAGGGAACGGAGAUCUUCAAGUGCCAUUAUUGCUACAAAAAGCAUAAACUAACCGAUGUAAGCGAUGCUUUCUUCAUUGAUAUAUAG